GUAAUCACUCUCGCUUCGACUCUUCUAAAACAUCUUAUUCAUUUUUACCAUAUUGGAUUACUCUUUUGGGUAAUUGCUGCAAAAUAUAUUUUACGAUACUGUUAUUUUCCUGGAAAAGAAAGCUUAGCGUUUGCUAACUAUUAAUUAUUCACCUCUUUAGGCGGAUGGUUUAUUUGAAUUCUGAAAGGUGUCCAGCAAGCUAACAAGGCCUUGGCUUUAACUUGCUACCGUUAGCCCUGCUAGCUAGCUAUUUGCUUAGCUAAGCUUAUGAACCUUGAUACUAGUUUUAUUGUAAUGUUGGUAUUUCUAACGCUAAAAUGAUUAUUUAGUUUGAUGUGGUCCUCUAGCUCAACUGGUAGAGCACGGCGCUUGUAACGCCAAGGUAGUGGGUUCGAUCCACGGGACUACCCAUACACAAAAAUGUAUGCACGCAUGACUGUAAAUCGCUUUGGAUAAAAGCGUCUGCUAAAUGGCAUAUUAUAUUACUAUUAUUAUGUUAAAGUUCAAAAUUGUGACAAUCCAAUCAGUUUUAGCUAGCUACCGUUGGCUAUUGGAAGGGGGCGGCACGGGGCUUAGCGAAGAAAAACACCGCCAGCCAAGCUAGCUUUAGCUCAACACAUUUUAGCUUGCUUGACCACGGACAGAACUUUGGCUUGACUAGCUACUGUAGCUAGCUUGCCCCCGAUAUAAACGUACCUUUUAACUUGUCUCCAGGUAUUUGAUAUUUCAGACCUCAUGGUUGUCUGCAUUGAAAUGGAUGGUUACGCAUUUCUGAUGCAUUUACAACAUCAUUAGCUACCAUCUGAAAGAAACCGUUUAGAUUGCCAGAAGAGACCAACCGUACCGUUACGCUUGUUUACACUGAGCUGCAGCGUAAACAAGCGUAACGGUAGGGUCGGUAUCUUCUUGCAAACUGUUGUACUUUCGGAGGGUUAGCUAGAUGGGAGUAACUAUUUCAGUAGGACAGCAUUUCGUGGACAGUUUUUGUGGUCCUCUGUAGCUCAGCUGGUAGAGCACGGCGCUUGUAACGCCAAGGUAGUGGGUUCGAUCCCCGGGACCACCCAUACACAAAAAUGUAUGCACGCACGACUGUAAGUCGCUUUGGAUAAACGCGUCUGCUAAAUGGCAUAUUAUUAUUAUUAUUAUUAGCGUUUGCAAAUAUGCAUGGUAGAAAAUGGAACGUUUGUGGGCCCUACAAGUUACUAGUGUCAUGAUCUGUAAAAAGCAGCUGAAACAAUAUGAUUGGGUUUUAGAUUAGAAUGUCAAAUAUGAUGUUCUAAUGCGGAAAGUUCUAACUGAAAUCCUGUUUUUAUCUUAUCUAUUUUCCCCUUUCUCUCAGGAGAAUGGCUGCUGCCGAGGUGAACGAUAGUUCUGCCCCAGUGAAGGAGGAGAAGGAGACUAUGGAAGUCGCGGCCGAAGGCGAGCACACAGAAAUCUACCAGACACUCAUCAAUGCUGGACUGCGGCAGAAGGUGGCUGAAAGUCUCUACAACAUAUUCUCAACAGGUGGGGCAUCCGUCAUACAAUGGCUGAGUCUGAUCUAUUUUCUGAAGAUACAUGAUGUUGCUCGAGGAUCCAUGAAAGGCCAGUUUGUAAUAGUAGUAAUCUGUCUUGUACCCACAGGGUUGCUGGAGUAUACUGACCUAGAAGAGGGGGCCAUCGAUGCGCUGCGGGCAUUCAAUGAAGAGGGAGCGCUGUCUGUACUCUCACAGUUCAAAGAAAGUGACCUAUCUAAUGUGCAGGUGAGUUACAGGGGGAGCUGAAUGAACGAGAAUGAAUGCAAGUCAUUUUAAAUGAUGAUUCAUUCGAAAGAGUCUUAAGAAGUUGACAUUGAGGGGUCUAUAAUUUUUCCUCUCCUCAUAACACCAAUACAUAAAUCAACUCUGCUGUGGUUUGCUUUCCAGAACAAAAGUGAUUUUCUUUGUGCAGCUAUGAAGACGUACAGACAGACGGAAAAGCAAGGAAGUAAAGUACAAGAAUCCACUAAGGGUCCUGCCGAGUCCAAGAUCAAGGUAAAAUGCAGCAGUUUGAAAGUUCAUUCAGUUGUGUCAAUAGAACUUCCUGUGUGUGUGUACCUGCUCAGGUUGUGUAGUUCUGUAGUGGUUAUGCUGAUGUCUACGUGUUCUCCAGGCUCUGCUGGAGCGGACAGGAUACACCCUGGAUGUCACCACCGAACAGAGGAAAUACGGAGGGCCCCCACCAGAAGAAGUGUUUAAAGGACCACAGCCUGGGAUGGGAACUGAGGUAAAGCUGCUUGAGUUGCUUCAUUUUCAAGUAACAUUAUUUGAAAGGGUAAUGGUCAUUGUGGCAAAGCCGUUGACUGAUAUAGAGAAGAUAAAUCAGUUUGCAAGACUGUGGCUCCAAGAAUGUCAACAAAGAAGUUUAUAGCAACACAACAGCAGUCUUUCCCGAUCACAUUGUGGAACCCUCACUCAGGCUCUGUUUUCUGCAUUUAGGUGUUUGUAGGAAAGAUCCCCAGAGACCUGUAUGAAGACGAGCUGGUGCCUCUGUUUGAGAAGGCGGGCCCAAUCUGGGACCUGAGGUUAAUGAUGGACCCCCUGUCUGGUCAGAACCGGGGCUAUGCUUUCAUCACCUUUUGCGACAAGGAUGCAGCAACUGAGGCUGUGAAACUUGUAAGUCCCUGCAGCCAGUCUAUAGUCUUAGUUUACCUUCUAAGAACCAAGGGGCUGGUUUCCCAGACACCGAUUAAGCCUGGUCCUGCACUAAAAAUCACUUUCAAUAGGGAAUCUUCAUUGGGUGUGCUUUUUAGUCUAGGGCCAGAGUUAAUGUGUCUGGGAAACCGGCCCAAGAUGUGAUACACAUUUCAUUGGAGCAGUUGUCGGACCGCCUCCAGCUAUCUUGUCAACCCUACAAAGCCAUCUUUCCUCUUCUGGUUUUCAGUGUGACAACUAUGAAAUCCGAUCAAGGAAAUACCUUGGAGUGUGCAAAUCUGUAGCAAACAACCGCCUGUUUGUCGGAUCAAUCCCAAAGAACAAGACCAGAGAGAACAUAUUGGAGGACUUCAGCAAAGUCACAGGUCAGUUAAGUGCAGACUAAUUUGGUUUACAUUGUUUUAUGUUUUGUGGGUUAUCAUUGGUCAGAUAUCAGUCAUGUGACUCUCGUUCUUCUUACUCCAGAGGGGCUUCAGGAAGUGAUCCUCUACCCCCAAACGGAUGACAAGGAGAAGAAUCGUGGCUUCUGUUUCCUGGAGUACGAGGACCACAAGUCCGCAGCCGAGGCCCGCCUCUGCCUCAUGAGUGACACAGUGAUGGUGUGGGGGAACCCAGUCACUGUGGAGUGGGCCAACCCGGUCACUGAGCGCAACGCGGGUGCCUUGGCCCAGGUGAGUCUCAUCUCUCUCACACUUUCUCUGUUGCUCUCUCUCUCCCAUCUCUUGUUUUUGUUUUACCCUCCCCCCUCCGUGUUCCACUUCUGUUGACUUUUAUUAAUCUUGUGCUUUUAUUUAUACUUUUCUAAAUGGCGUUGACCUUUGAUGUCCAUGUGAGUCAGCAGGUGAAGGUCUUGUUUGUCAGGAAGCUGGCCGCCUCGGUCACAGAGGAGCUGCUGGAGAAGACAUUCUCUGCCUUUGGCAAAGUGGACCGGUUGAAUAAGCUAGAAGACUAUGCCUUUGUCCACUUUGUAGACAGAGACGCAGCUGUGAAGGUGGGUUACCCUCAGUAAAACAUAUUAAUUGUUUUCAGUUUUUUGUGUGGGGGGGGGGGGGUUUACCUUGCUUCGGAUGUGUAACAUUUUGGCUGCAUGUUUUAGGCAAUGGCAGAAAUGAAUGGGAAGGAGCUGGGGGGAGGGGAGAUUGAGAUAAGAAUGGCGAAGAGGAAGAAAGCGCGAAACGCUCAGCGCCAGGCCACCAGAAACCGAAGGUGAGGCCACAGAGAGACUGGGAUUGACUGUUAUCUGAUUGAGUAAAUAUCCCAUCAUGAGAUUACAUUGAAGAUGAUAUGUUUUCUGCAGGUAUGAUGACGAUUACAACCACCCACCGCCACGCAUACCUCCACCAGAUAGGGGCAGUGGCCGAAGGGGCGGGGACUACGCAGCCUAUCCCCGAGACUACCACAGCUACGAUGACUACUAUGGCUAUGACUAUCACGACCCCCGCAGAGGUUACGAGGACCCCUACUACGGUUACGAGGACCCCUACUACGGUUACGAGGACCCCUACUACGGUUACGAGGACUCCUACUACGGUUACGAGGACUCCUACUACGGUUACGACGACUUGUACAGAAUGAGGGGCCGUGGCAGACUGCCCAGCAGGGGAGCCCCACCCCCACCCAGGGCCCACGGACCACCACCCACACAGGGCCAAGGGGGCUAUGCGCGGAGGGGUCCACCCAUCGCAGGGCCCAGGGAUGGCAGAGUAAGGGGCCGUGGGGGACCCUUCCAGCCACAGAGGGACCACAGUACCCGAAGAACCAGGGGGAACCGUGGGGGCAAUGGGGGCAGGAAGAGGAAGGCAGACGCCUUCAACCAGCCUGACUCAAAGCGCCGGCAGACCAACUAG